GAACACCCACUGCUGACAAGCCCAGUCAGAUUUGACUGUCUCUGCUUGGAAUCUGUCGGUCACUGGAGCAAAGCAGCUUUCAGACGCCAUCAUUAUGCUUAUGACUACGAGCUUCGACUUCCACGAAUGCGUUUUUGUUUUUGUGCGCAAACGUGGUUGAAGCAGCAGGGUCAGAGCCAUGGGAGGAAACCGCAGGGGCGCAGCGGGAUCCGGCGAGGAUUUCACCUUUGUCAGCUCAGUUCUGAAAUACCUGCUGUUCUUUUUUAAUUUCAUUUUCUGGAUAAUCUCCCUGGUCUUGGUGGCAGUCGGCGUUUACGCCCGUACAGCAAAGUAUGCGGAGGCAACCCUGGCAUCUCUGUCUGUGGAUCCCGCUGUUAUGCUGAUGAUUGUGGGAGUCCUGAUGUUCCUGGUCACCUUCUGUGGCUGCGUGGGUUCGCUGCGAGACAUCUGCCUCCUGCAAACAUUCUGUAUCUUCCUGGUGGUGAUUUUCAUACUCCAACUGGCUGCUGGUGUUCUGGGCUUCAUCUUUUCAAAUAAGGCAAGACAGAAAGUGACAGAAGUGAUCAAUGAUGCAAUCGUUCACUACAGAGAUGACGUCGAUCUGCAAAAUCUUAUAGACUUCGGCCAAGAAGAGUUUGGAUGCUGCGGUGCUACAACAUACCUUGACUGGACCAAUAACAUCUACUUCGAUUGUAACCAAUCAAACCCCAGCAGAGAGCGCUGCUCCGUCCCCUUCUCCUGUUGCAUCCUCUCUAGAAACGAGAGUGUAGUCAACACCAUGUGUGGCCAAGGCAUGCAAGAACGUGAAUUCGGUGAAGCUGGCAAAGAAAUUCACACCAGUGGCUGCAUAGACAUGCUGGUUGACUUUAUCCACAGCAACAUGUUCAUACUGGGCGGCAUUGCACUGGGACUGGCAAUACCAGAGCUGGUGGGGAUGUUUUUGUCUCAGUUUCUGAUCAAUCAGAUCAAAAACCAGGUUGAACUGCAACAAUACAACCUCAAGCACAGCUCUGACCCAUGGAGCUGAUCCUGGAUCAGAUUUUUUGCGAUAUUUAGCAACACAUAGGGACUCGGUACAAACAAGCCUGUGUUUGACGAUGUGACACUUUGCUGCCACCUUCUGGACAGUCAAGGGGCUUGCAUUUAUCACACUGCACUGAUAGAACUUAUUUUUUUACUCUUCAUUUGUUUUCAGUGGGAAAUUUUAAGGUCUUCAUUUUAUUAUGUCUUGUAAAUACCUGAAGAUUGUUUGAUUUCGGCAUUCAAGCUGUUUACUCUUAGAAAUCAUAUUUAGGUGACUUCUUUAAUGCAUCUGAGGUGUUGGAGAUGUUGUGUUUUCCAUUCUAUUUUUUUCUCUUCUUUUAGAUACCACAUAUAGCAUUUUUGUUUUCUGUCAUAAUGAAUGUAAAUGUUUCACUUUGGGAAAGUUUUGUUCCUACUCUGAAUGAAUGUUGUUCUAUGACUAAUGAGUAAUGCCUACGAGAAAAAAAAAAAAAGAAUGGACAUGUAAUUUCAAGCAUGAUCAAAGUACAUUUUUCCUUUCACCAUGUUCCAAAAGGAGUAGGGGAAAAUAAAAACCCUGACUUGCAAAGACUGCUCACACUCUUUGCAAUUUUAUCAUUUUUUGUUUUAUUCAGAAAACAAAUAAAGCAGAAAUACAUGUUCAUAUGUAUUUCAACAGGGAUAGUUGUAUAUUCCCAUUUGUUUCUUUAUGAUUACCAAACAGCAUAUGAUUUGUUUUCUUCACAUUUGAAGAGACCAGAUUAUUUUUAUCAAACCAGUAUAUAAAUUUGUUGUUUUUCUUUUUGUGACCACAUCCAAAAGCUCAUUAAAUUCCAACCUAAUGUUAAAAUGUAAAAUUUUCUUCUUUUUCAGCUUUUGUUCAAUUUUUUUUUCUGUUCAGUUUGUUUUUUAUUAUACUAUUCUAGCUCAUCUCUGGUGUUCAUAUUGUUGUGGUCACUUUUUAUGGUCAGCCAGCUGACAUGUGUGCACUGCUACAGGAUAACAAGGCUUUGCUUUUAACACAUCGCAGUUCCACAUUGAUGCUUAUUAAAACACGCUUCCCUGAUAA